AUGUCUUUUCUAACCACCGAUACAACAUGGACAGGAAACAUUCUGUUGAGCGAGACAGUUACGCUUAACCCUGGUGUUACCCUCUCUAUCUUGGGAGCCAGAGUUGACUUUGAAAACGACAAUGCCGGUAUCUUCGUGGACACGGACUCGACCGUCGUUCUCCAGGAUUCCGAGUUCCACGGGCCAGGGUUUGGCAUCUUCUUUCUGAACAAUGAUCCUGCAUUCGUCCUUGCCGACAACUUUACUUGCUCCAACAUGAAUACCUGCAUCGGGAUUCCACAAGGUGGUGGGAGCAUGAACACUGUGGAGGUUCAAAACUCUGUCUUUGUGGACAAUACAUAUGGGCUAGUUGAUUAUUCCAGUACAGGAGCUUCUAUCAUAGUUGACAACUCCCUGUUCCUUCGGAAUACUAUCGGAGCGUCAACAAGGUCACUGUCGAGCGACCCAAUUGAACUCAAGAACUGUGUCUUCGCCUUCAACAGCGCCAUGAACUCUGACAGUGACAAAUACGGUAUUCUACUUUAUGGUCAAGGCGCUUUGAUAUCGGGGAAUUCAUUGAACUCACUCCGAAACUUCACCGAUGUCAGCUGGAUCCGAAACAAUGUUGCGGUGGCAACUUCCCAUGGUCCUGGUGCCGCUAGCAAUACCUACAUGACUCGGACAAAUUUCAUCGAAAAUACUAGGUUUCACAUUGAGCUAGGCUCCGGCGACGACUGGGAAUUGCCGAACUUGUACUGGGGAACAAGCGACCUGAACGAGAUCGGUCAGCAUAUUGAAGACUUUUUUGACUUUACUGACCGCGGGCGUCUCCUAUUCGCACCGAUUGCAGAAACUCCAUUUUUGCACGGACUCUACAACGGGGAAGACCCAUGGUGUCCUCCGUCAUCCUUCUUGGGGUAUGAUCUAAGUCACCCUUCCAAUGACUGCAACGGUAAUUCUGAAGCGCCUGUGGCAGUCCCCUCAAUGCAACCAAGUCAGAAUCCCACUGGAGCUCCUGUCGCAGCCCCCUCAAUGCAACCAAGUCAGCAUCCUGCUGGAAUGCCAGUCGCAGCCUCCUCAAUGCAACCAAGUCAGGAUCCUAUCGGAGCUCCCAACAUGCGACCUAGUCAGAGUCCCGCUUCGCCCACCUGCUCCUCAGUUCUCAACAGCAUUGUCCAAGGGGUCGAGAGGUUGUUUGACUUUGGAGGUUGA